UAGUGCGGCACGGAUUUCGAGUGGAAACGAUCCUGUGGAUUUGAAGCGCAACAGGUGUUGAAGAAUCGGAGAAAUUUAAGGGUGUUUUUCGGAAGGUGAUUGAUAGUGUAAUCGUUAUUUAGCGUUUGGAUUCAAAUCUUAAAACCACUGCUUGAAUACCCUGUUGAUGUUUAGAUAAUCGGAAUAGUUCUUAGUGAAAAAGAGUUUCAUCAGUGAAUCCCCGCUAACCGAACGCUGCUGAAGAGAAAUGGAGUCCUCGUUGUCCACCGCCACCGCCCGCGUUCUCGUUGUUCUGCUGGUAUGCGGCCUGCUGCUGGAUCUGAGCACCUUCACCGAUGCCCGACCCCAGAAAAAUACGCAGCAGUUUCAAGAAUAUCUGAAAGAGCUUCGAAUCCUGCAGGAAAUCGAUAACAAGUACGGCCGGCUUAAUAGACCCAGAUUGGCACGCAGUGAACUACCCGCAAAUUAUAAUGAUAUCCAUUCGGGGUUAGACAAAAUGAUCGGCUAUUUCAUCCUUGAAGCUAUCGAUAGAGCCCACUCUUCCAAUGCGAGACCAAGAUUUGGCAAGCGCGAUGGGCCCCUUAUCCCGGCAGGGUACCCUCAGGAUGAGCAGGAGGAUGAUUGGCAAAAUCCGAGGCUCACUAGAUGAACAAUCCUGAACUAAACUGUUAAUUGGACUUACCAACUCAACCAACACUAACCAACAUAACUGAUUAAACUAAAGAUUAUAAACUCUCUUUGCUGCACUGACAAAGUGAUAACAGAAAAAUAGGAGAAAAAAUGCUGUCAUGAUUGGACUUAAAUUUACGUAAUUGCAAUAAUGAAAAAUAAACCAAAAAAAAACACGUGUCGGUUGGAGAGCAUAUCAUCUAAUCUACACCUUUUAAAAAUAUACUUUCAAGCGUACACGUUAUGCAACAGAUAUCAAGUCUCCUAAGUAGCUUCGUACAUGAGUAAUGAACCCAAAGUUUGCAUCGUUAAUAUUCUGCUGCGAUUGUCUUGAAAUUGUAUAGAUAAAUGUUGCUUUGUACAUAUAUAAAAAUCUAUUAUUAACGGCAAUCAGAUAGGACAAAUAAACGGCAAUCCACAAGCA